AUCAGAGAUUUUGCCGCCUUAAGUACCAUAAACAACCAUAGAAAAUAAGGUAAACAGAUGGAUGACAGUUAAAAGUUUUAAUUACUUAUUUAUUUGCUUCUUGAUUUGAGUUAUUUACUUAUGACGGAGAUAAUUCUACACAGCUCUUCAAUAUGAAAUUACACUGUGAAGUUGAAGUAAUUAAUAGAGUUCACAGUAGCUUGAACAUUAGAUCUAACGCCAAAUAUUUAAGAUCUACCCUAGCCCUUGGUAAAGAACCGAAGAACGUACAAGAAUAUUUUAUAUUGCAUUUCUCUUCCGUUAAUAAGAAUGGCACAAAAUAUAAAGUGAAAUGUAUGAAACAAGUAUUCGUAAAAUGUUUAAAUGAAGGUAAAGUUACGCUAAGAUUUGAAGAACCUCCUCACGACUUAUGCAUCAAAAGCGAAGUCAUACAGUUAAAAAGUUUUAUGAGAUUACUAAAAUCUUGUAUCACGGGUGACACAAAGGACUUGAAAUUAUCCAAUUUAUCAUCAAUUGGUAUCACGAGUAAAGAUAUAGCGCCUACCAAGUUGACAAUUAACAAUAGAUCAGAGUUUCCUGUUAAAGGGUUUCCACGUACUCUGAAAUUUCUUUAUAUUAAUGGCUUGAAACUAUGUAAUUUUCGCAGAGACAUUUUACUGUUGAACCAUCUCACUGUUUUAGAUUUAAGUAAUAAUGAAAUUGAAAAGAUUCCUCCUGAAUUUGGUAGACUACCAAAUAUCAGUGAACUCUAUUUAUCUAAUAACUCUCUAGGUUUGAAUAAAAAUUCUGAUUGGCAAUGGCUUCUUGGAUUAAAGAUAUCCAAAAAGCUGAAGCUUAUAGAUCUCAGGGAAAACAAGAUAAUAAAUUUGCCAAAAGAUAUCUGGAAAUUGCAAAAUUUGGUAACAUUGAAAAUAGACAAGAAUAGUCUGUAUAAAUUGCCGACCACAUUGGGUCGUAUCACUACAUUAAGGUAUCUAUCAGUGUCCGAAAAUAAUUUGAGGACACUACCAUGUAGCUUGAUACGCUGUGGAUUAGAGCAUUUAGAUAUAUCAUCAAAUAAUUUUAAAUCUGAAGCAGAUGCACCAAAAAUAGCAGACUAUACACCCUGGGAUAUUUACAUUAAUAGUUUAGUUCAUAUUGCUGCUAAAACAGUUUUAAAACACAAAUUUUUCUAUGCACCUAACAUCAUACCAAAGACCUUAGUUGAAUUGCUAGAUAAUUCCAAUAUGUGUGUUUGUGGUCAAGCAGUGUUAAAUGACAAAUAUUAUGUUAUUAAACCAUUUGAACUAAUAGGAUUUAGUAUAAGCAGACAUAUAGUUUCUAAUUUUGUUAAUAAGGGAUCUUCUGUUAGUGUUGAAUGUUUUUUUUGUUCUCCUAAGUGCUUUGUAAAAUAAUUAUGUGCCUGAGGAAGCCUUGAUGUCAUGAUUUGUGUAUGAAAAAUAAGAUUGAUUUAAAUAAAUGUCUUUUUAAUUUA